AUGAAUCACCGAAAAGGCUGCUGGACGUGUACAGCCCGGAGAAUUCAGUGCGACGGGCAUCAGCCCACCUGUCGCAAGUGUUCUCGAGCCCAGCGGAAAUGCGAAGGCUACGAGAUGCGCCUAUCGUGGCCUAGAGACAACGACAGGAAGCGAGCCAUUGUGGCAGGCUCUCCUCCAGCGGUUGUAAGUUCCGACUGCCGGAACAACUUCUUUGUCAACACAACCUCGCAGGACAUGCAAGUAUACCGCGAUAUCACCCUGCGAGUGCAGCCACAUCUUCUGAUUCGCUCUAUUCCCAAGCUAUGGAUGCAGCCUCAGCCAUCUUCAAAGUAUACAGACUUGAUCCAGCAUUUUCACGACACUGCCUAUCUCUCCCUGGUCACAUUUACUACCGACAGUGUCCAGAUUCGAGAUGCACUUAUACACAUGGCCCUAGCCCGAGACUCAGCCCCAGGCCUCGCUCUCUUCUUCGCGCUGCUCUCUUUUUCUUCGCUCCACCGCAGCGGACUCCACCAGCAGGCUAUUAAACUCAAGAUAUUAGCACUCCAGUACCUAUCUGCUCCAGUGAAAGGGGGGCGGUUGAGCCCAGCCGAAGCUGCUCAACAUGUAGCUGCAUCGAUGCUGCUUAGUGCCUUUGAGAUCCUACUCCCCUCAGGAAGCUCAUGCGAGUGGCUAUGGUACGUCUGGGGAGCUAUAGAUAUCGCCCAGGCAAGUAGCCUCCAAGAUCGGGCGCACGGAAACGAUAUCGAUCAUGUUCUUGAUUGGGCCUACUACUACAACGCGGUUUCUCGGUUUCCCAUAUAUCACUGGCGCCACAAGUCGCUACCUCCAGAGACUACAGCUGCAAAUUACCCCAACACCAAAGACGAUCAACAUCUGACUUUGACGAGAUACAGACCAGCGUUGCCAUCUCCGAAUCCCACACACGCAAUAUUGAAUCUGCUCUCCGAGACAUGUGACAAACUGUAUGACCCGUGGGAUCCAAGAAGUCGCAGCCAAGACUACCACAACAGCCUCAAAAUACUUGAGAGUAGAGCUGAAAACGUGCUUUCCACGUUAAGUCUGGCCAACUCGGACGCUGACGUUAUACUUGGCGUAAAAAUAUGGCAGCUGGCCACACGAAUUUAUCUCGCACGAGCCUCACAGAGCCAAUGGGAGUCUUCCAUCAACUUAGAAUCUGAGAUUGAAGAGGCUUUUGACGGAAUCGUCAUGGUUUGUUUGUGUAAACAUGCCUUCCCCCUACUUAUCAUGGCCUGCGAGGCAUCCACGGACGAGCGGCGAACAGCCAUCAUCGAUCUAAUUGGCAGGACUGAGAGGGAUAGUUUUGUAAGGAAUUUUGGGAAGCUGAGAGAUAUGAUAGAGUCUGUUUGGGUGCAGCAGGAUCUGCACGCAGACGGUGAUUUGUUGGUCAACUAUCUUGGCAUCAUAAGCACUGUCAUCAGCUCGAACACUACGCUUCCAUUUUUUGUAUAG